CUGCGACUUCCGGUUCCGUAUACUCCCCGUACCACACUAGCCACCGUUCCUUUCGUUUUGUACGCAAUGCCGUCGCCUCUCAUCGACGUUGGCGGAACACACCAUCAGAAUAGAUCAGAAUACACGCUGGCCACCGUGGACAUACACUCGCCGCCGCGCUCGCCCGUGUCGGAGCGGUCGCAGCUGCUCUCGCCGAGCAGCCCUUCAUAUGGAACGACGGAGCUGCCCCCGCAUCUACCACUCGCCCCCCGCCAGUCACGACGGAGGCUGCUGCUCACGUCGGGCGUGAAACUGGCCGCCAUCUUCCUCGCUGGCACGAUUCUGCUCGGGGGCACGCUGUGGCUCGCCUUACCCACACUGGAUCCGGAGGACCGGCCGAACCUUCGGAUACCAAAGUCUUUUGCUCAAUUGCAAGCCCUGAAUGCCCUCCUCAAGAAGUACCGAGAUAUCUAUCCCUAUCGUAUCUUCAUAUGCUUCGUCACCACCUACCUCUUCCUACAAGCUUUCUCCCUACCCGGCUCGAUGUACCUGUCCAUCCUCGGCGGCGCCGUCUGGGGUGUUCCGCGAGCGUUGCCAUUAUGCUGCGCCUGCGUCGCCACCGGCGCCACCCUCUGCUACCUCCUCUCCGCCGCCCUCGGGCCCGCCUUGCUGGCGCUGCCCUCCUGGCACGCCCGCUUCCACACCUGGUCGACCAAGAUCGCCGCGCAGCGCGACAACCUGAUGUCCUUCCUCAUCGUCCUCCGCAUCGCGCCCCUCCCGCCGCACUGGGUCGUCAACGUCCUCGCGCCGCACCUCGGGAUCGGCAUCGCGCCCUUCUGGGCCUCGACCUUCCUCGGCAUCUUCGGCGUGACCGUGAUCCACACCACGAUCGGCGGCGGGCUGGACGACAUGACCUCCGCCGCGGACUUCCACCUCAUCUCGUGGAAGAACGGGCUCGGGCUGGGCGCCGUCGUCGUCGGCGUGCUCAUCCCCGUCGCGCUCAGGUAUUACUUCCGCGCGGAGGUGGAGAGCGUGCAGGCCGUCGAGGCGGAGGCGGAGGUCGAAGGCGAGCUGCUCGACGCCGCCGUCGACGAGGAGGCCGGCGAACGGCUGGUGUACGAAGACGGCGAUGAGGGCAGAGACAGGAUCGUGCAGGAAGGCCCGAGGAUCGUCGGCGCGAAAGACAAGGGCGUGCCUACCGGGGAGCUGGUCAUGCUCGACGACGACGACGACGACGAGUUCGACGGUUUCCUCGAUGAUGAGGAAGACAUCAUCCUCGAGGCUGGGCCUGCCGUCGUGCUCAAGCCGGAGGAUGUCAAGGCGUCUGACGAACCGCACUCGCCCGCGAGCUCGUCGAAUUCGCGCUCGUAAUGGACACUUGCACCCGGGACAUUCAAUCAUGCGCCAUUGCGUGCCUCUACCCUCUUUUCCGAGUCAUCCACCCAUCCAUCUCGUACCCCAUAGAUGUGCUGCUAACAUGAUCCGGCGUUGGUUCCGGCUGUAUUCCUAGUCACCCUCCACGUUCUUUACAGGGUUGUAUAUUUAUGUUUCUGUAGUUCCUUCCGCUUGCGGGUGUAGACUAGGUUGUGCGGCCAUGGUAUAAUAAUCGGUAGUCGCUGAACAUGAUUCGAUUGACAUU